AUAGGGGGUUUUGGGAGCUUGUAGAGUGUUUUUGGACGCGCGGGAGAGAGAACGAUCUAAUUGAAUUUUGGGUUGAAAAUGAGUGCUUAUAUGACUGCACCCAAAUAGAAUAUGCAAACAGAAGUUGUAAGGACUAAAAACUUUCACAAUGGGGCCGCACCGAAGACUGGGACAAGUGUUCAAGAGGUCAACAAACGUAUUAAUACUCUGCGUACCCAGUAUUCUAGACUGGUAAAACCUGGAAAAAGUGGCAGUUGUGCUGCAGCCAAAACUGAACGGCAGAAGUGGCUUCUGACUACCUUAUCCUUCCUGGAGCCGCAUGUGAAAAAGCGAAAUUCUUUCUCCAACUUUCAACAGACAACAGAGGAUGAUUCUGAAGAAGAAAAUGUUACACCCGACGAGGUACAGGAGGAAGUGGAGAAUGAGAACACCCAAUUUACUACUCUAGAAAACCCACCUACCCCCCCGUCGGUCAGUGAUAAUUCUUCCUGUACCACAGAGAACAAGGAACAGGCAUGUGAUAUUGAUACACCAACCACCACAAGGAGACAAUCAAAGAAGAGGGGGAGAGAUAGCAUAGACUCUGUGCAGAAGGCAGAACUCGAUUUGCUCUCAUCUAUGAAGGCAAUACUUGCGAAACAUCAAGAAGAGCCCGAAGAUGAGCUAUCAGUUUUCGGAAAAUUCAUCAUUAAGCAGUUAAGAGAAAUUAAUGAUGAAAGCAUGAGGCUAAUGGUAAUGAAUGAAAUUCAGCAGGCAUGCUUCAGGGGACGCAUGUCAGGUUGUAACUCAGGGAGAUCGUUUUCCUUUUAUAACCAACAUGCCCCACAAAACCAGGUUUACCCCAACGUAGAGCCACAUCCCCAACCUUCAACAUGUACCAACAAUGGCCCCUACCAGCACCCUGCACAUGACAAUGCUACUUUUAUUAAUGAUAAUUUUAUUAAACAUGAAUAAUGUAGUAUGUGCACAGGGUACAGGUGAAGUAUCUGAGUUACCAUCUGUUUCAGCCUCUUCUUCUAAAUAAAAAUUCAAAGGUUAACCUUUGCAGACAGUAGAUAUAUGUAUGGAAUUGCUUUAUUUGUUUGGACUUGGUUUAAUAUCUAAGGGUGACAUGUGAAAUUUUAUUGAUAUUAUAAUCUUAUUUUUAUAGAAGCAACUGUCUUUGUUUUAUUGUUUUAAUUUAUUUCAGUCAGGUGUAUUGGUAUUGAACCUGAAUUGAAGUUGCUCUGUAAUAAAGUGUUUCACUCAUAUAUAAAUAAAAAAUAUGAAAAUAAGCAUGUACUUAUUAUUAUUUAUUAUUAAUUACUAUGUGCAUUUAUUAUUAAUUAAUAUGUACUAG